CGCGUCACACCCGGAAGUGAAGCGACCGCCCUGGUGAAUUCGUUUGCAUGGACGCUGUUUGGCCGGUGCAGUUAGCGGCAUUUUAACCGUAACAUGACGGGUUGGAAAAUAAGCAGCCCGGGUCCCUCGCGUUUGCUGGGGAGUGCUUUUCGUGAGGAACACGUCAAACGUUGAUGUGUGGACCGCAGGUGACUUCUGGAUGCUCUGGACAGAGUCCCCCCCCCCCCUCUUCCUCCUCCUCCUCCUCCUGGACUGAGCCUGGCAGCUAUUCUACACGAUGAUGACCUUCGGAGCGAGAGCGGUCCUCCUGAGCGUGAGGUGCGCCAUCCAGAGAUCGGGCUCCUUCACCAGAGCCGGGCUCGGCACGUGCUUCGUUAAAAGGGGGCGGAGUCUGACCCAGAUACCCAAGGUCGCGUUGCUGUGUUGGGCCGCGGCCAACGCAUCGUCCCGGGCGGCCACGUGCCAGGAAGCGACCCUCCCCCGCAGAACCGCGGAUAGAAAGUCUGUGGCCAAAGUCCAAGUGCACAAGGUGGUGUUCCUCCUUCGCCUCGGCCUGCGCGCGCUGGUGCUGCUCCUCAAGUUUGCCCCCCUGCUCCUCUUGUCCCCCCUCGCCCUGGUGUCCGCCCGCUGGGCGUCCGUCUGGCUGGACGCUCUCCUGUGGGUGACCGAGACCUCCGGCCCCACUUUCAUCAAGCUGGGACAGUGGGCCAGCACCAGGCGGGACAUCUUCUCCCGGGGGUUCUGCGAGCGCUUCUCGACGCUCCACGUGAAGGUGCGCCCGCACUCCUGGGCCCACACCAAGCAGUGUCUGCGGAGGGCCUUCGGCGACGGCUGGAGGAGGGUUCUGCUGUUCGAAAGCAAAGAGCCAGUGGGUUCGGGGUGCGUGGCGCAGGUGUACAGGGGCUGGGCGAAGGCGGACCAGGUGGAGGACCCGGCCUUCCAGUCGCUGGUGGAGGAGAUGGAGAGAGAAGACCUGCUGGAGGCCUGGGAGAUCCCAGGUCUGGGAGGAGUGGCCCGUUCCCUGUGGCAGCUCUGGAGGGGCAGCAAGGACGAGGAGGACUUUGGGGAGAAGAGUCACUCCGAAGGGAUGUGCAGUGUGGAGAAGGAGCAUCUGAUACCUGUGGCUAUCAAGGUGGUCCAUCCAGGCAUCAGGAGGCAGGUGGAAAUCGACAUAAUGCUGAUGAAAGCCGGUAGCUGGCUCCUGCAAUGCCUGCCCGGACUCAAGUGGCUCAGUCUGUGUGAGGUGGUGGACGAGUUUGAGAAGCUCAUGAUCAAACAGAUUGAUCUCCGUUUUGAGGCCGAGAACAUCGAGCGUUUCCAGGAAAACUUCCGCAACGUGGACUACGUGAAGUUCCCAACCACUUUACGACCUUUUGUCACCAGGUCUGUUUUAGUGGAAACUUUUGAGGAGAGUGUCCCCGUGUCCAACUACCUGAGCUCCGACAUCCCCCCGGAGGUGAAGCAGAAAAUAGCCCGAAUGGGAAUAGAGACCAUGCUGAAGAUGGUUUUCAUAGACAACUUUGUCCAUGGAGACCUCCACCCGGGGAACAUUCUGGUCCACUGUUCCACCGAGGACGCCGGUGUACCGGGGGACGCCCGUGGAAAGACCACCCUCACCGACCUGUGGGACACGGUGGUGGUCAGCUUCAGGCCCGACCGGCGUCCCCUCCAGUUGGUGCUGUUGGACGCCGGCAUCGUAACCCAGCUGAGCAGCCACGACCUCGCCAACCUCAAGGCGGUCUUCACAGCGGUGGUGCUGCAGCAGGGCGAGCGAGUGGCGGAGUUGCUGCUGAAUCACGCGCGGGCCAACGAAUGCCGCGACGUGCCGCGGUUCAAGGAGGAGAUGGCCCAGCUGGUGGACGACGCCCUCAGCAACACCCUCUCACUGGGAAAGUUCCAAGUGGGUGAAUUGCUCUCCAGAGUUUUUGGUCUACUCAUCAAACACAAGGUGAAGCUGGAGAGUAAUUUCGCCUCCAUCGUGUUCGCCAUCAUGGUGCUGGAGGGUCUCGGCAGGUCGCUGGAUCCCAACUUGGACAUCCUGGAUUUGGUCAAACCCCUGUUGCUAAAGAAGAGCGCUUCACUGCUUUGACACACACACACACACACGCAUAAAACACGCAGAGACACACCUGGCUCGAGUGACGCCGAGAUGGAAAGGUGGGCAGGUCGCAGGUUCAUGCAGCGGCAUGGACCCGCCUCCUCAUCCACACGCAAAUCAAAUCUGCACAACACCGCUGGAAAGUAGCACAGCAUCUUAAAUAAUGUGAUGGAUUUUUGCCACUUAAACUGAUGAAAACAUUAAUAAUACUACUACUGCAUUUUCCAACAUGGCUCGAGCCGUCGCUGUCAAAACAGUCAUCAGUCGUAGAAGAUACUCGCGUACGUGGGAUUCUGUGGAUGAGGAGGCGGCUACAUGCCAUUUGAAAAAAAAAAAACCCAGCCUGGCUCCUGUAGGUACACGGGUACUGAUUGUAUCGUGCUUACAUAGUGAAUUCUCUCCUUUCACUGCCGGGAUGAUGGAUCGUCGUCACGGGUACGAGAUGCCGUGGAUCCGCCUCCGCUGUCGUUUAGCAGUGAUUCACUGCUUCCUUCGUUGAGUGUUUGUGUUUUAGGGAUUAACAUUUUAACCUCAUUAAGGUCUUCCAGGCGUUUGUAACUUAAGGAGCGAGGAUACGUGCACGCUGCACGUGAGGCGUCGCUUGUUCAAGUGGGUGCUAAUGGACAAAUGAUCACACACACAAGGUGGCAUUUAGGGAAUUGUGAGAAGAUGAAAGAAAAAACUGAAAAUCCCCAGUUGAUGCUCCGACGCAUUUGUUUUACUUUAAAAUUAAAUUUUAGUCUUUUAUCCCCCCCCCCCCCUCUCGUGUUGUAGUGGGUCUUAAAGUCUAAUAAGCUGUAUAUUUCUGCGCUGUAACAUUGUGACCAUGUGAAGUUUUUGGCUACUUGUACUCACAACUGACCUGUUUGCUUCAACCUUCCAUUAAAAUAGUGGAAACACACUACUUAUUUCUUUUUAAA